GGAGAACGACACCAAGGGCAAGGUCCGCCUGCCGGCCUUGCACAUCGCCGCCCGCAAGGACGACACCAAGUCGGCCGCCCUGCUCCUCCAGAACGACCACAACGCCGAUGUCCAGUCGAAGAUGAUGGUCAAUAGGACUACUGAGAAUGGCAAGAGUGGAUUCACCCCCCUGCACAUCGCUGCCCACUACGGCAACGUCAACGUGGCCACGCUCCUGCUGAACCGAGGGGCGGCGGUCGACUUCACGGCCAGGAACGGGAUUACUCCUCUUCAUGUGGCGUCCAAGCGGGGCAACACUAACAUGGUGGGCCUGUUACUGGACCGUGGCUCCCAGAUUGAUGCUAAAACAAGGGACGGUCUGACUCCCCUACACUGUGCUGCCCGGAGUGGACACGAUACAGCUGUGGAGGUCCUGCUGGAGAGAGGUGCACCCUUGCUGGCCAGGACCAAG